AUGACGCGUUCCAUUUCACGCAUCAAAUCAACCCAUUUUAGGAAAACAGAUAAACAAGAGGAAUCAAAGAUUUUUUUUUUUUACAUAUCAUUAUUAUUUUGUUCCAUCCUUUUUGUUUUAUCCUUUCAUAUUCUUUUAACCUUUGAAGGUGGCUAUUAUUAUAAUAAAUAUAAUUCAAUUACCAUGCUACAUUAUUUUCGCAACCAUCUAAUUUACAAAAGUGUCAUGCAAAUUUCAUAUCGCGUACAAUAUCCAUCCAUUGCGUUUAAUCAGAGAGAGAAAGAUAAACAUUGCAGUUCAGUUGUCUGUUACAUUUUAUUUAGCCAAUUAUUUCGUUACUUUGCUUAUUGGUUUAACCGGUAUUCUUGUAAACAAACAGUCCAUACACUUGAUACGAAUAAUAAAUUCUAUUUCUUCGUAAACUUAAAAUUCUCUUGA